AUGGUCGCCGAACACCUGACGAUUCGCAACCUCACUGCGGAUCCCAUUGAGCUGAAGCAUGUCGAGCGCUUUGCUGCCCCCGAGGCCCCGCGGCCGGACCUCAAGAACCUCACCAAGUCGUUCUCGACGCUGAUGAACAACAUCACCCGCUCGGCCAGCGAGGUGGACGCUAUUGCGGACGGCGCCGACGCCUUCGCGCGCGACGACGUCGCCGUGCGCAUCGAGCCCUUCAGCGCCGUCACCACGGACGUGCGCGCGUUCGUCGACUCGGACAAGGAGCGCCUGCGGCUGACCUUCGAGGUCGACGGCGGCGAGCGCCAUGCCAUCCAGACGCCCGUGCCCACCAGCGACUCGGCCACGAUGACGCCGCUGGGCGACAACCCGCAGCGGCGCCUCACGGGCAUCUACACCACCGCCGAGUCGCACCUCGCCGUCUUCUCGUCCGCCAACCUCAACUGCUGGAUGAAGGAGCUGCACGAGGACACGCUGGUGUCGGCGCUGUCCAUCCCCGGCACCCACAACUCGCCCACCUACCAUGUCGCCCCGCCGUCCGUGCGCUGCCAGGCCGUCAGCCCGCGCGAGCAGCUGGAGAACGGCGUGCGCUUCUUCGAUAUCCGCGUGCAGCCCCAGUACCCCGAGGACCCCAGCAAGGACAGCCUCGCGCUGGUGCACGGCGCGUUCCCCAUCUCGCUCAAGGGCAACAAGCACUUCCGCGACCUGGUCAAUGACAUCCAGGACUUCCUCGAGCGCAACCCGUCCGAGACGCUGAUCAUGUCCGUCAAGCGCGAAGGGCCCGGCACCCACAACGACGCCCAGCUCAGCAAGAUCCUGUACGACCACUACGCCAGCGAUCCGUACAAGUGGUACACCGAGCCCAAGAUACCCACGCUGGCCGAGGCCCGCGGCAAGAUCGUCCUGCUGCGCCGCUUCGACCUGGACGACGGCCUGAAGCAAGAGUGGAACGGCCGCGGCUGGGGCAUCAACGGCAGCGGAUGGCCCGACAACACCCCCCACGGCACCUGCGCCAGCGGACACGUCUGCAUCCAGGACUUCUACGAGGUGCUCGAGACCGAGAACAUCGACCGGAAAAUCGAAUACGUGACCGCCCAGCUGGCGCGCGCCGCCACGCUGAACUACCCGCUGGGCAUCCUGAGCUCGGAAAACGACGAGGACAGCGGCCGCAAUCCGUUCUACGUCAAUUUCCUGAGCGCGAGUAACUUCUGGAAGCUGCAGACGUGGCCCGAGAAGAUUGCCGCGAAGCUGAACCCGGCGACCGUGGAUUAUAUCUGUCGACAGCACCGUGAGGAUGCGGAAGGGAACUGGUCGACGGGUAUUUUGGUGUGCGACUGGGUGGGCUUGGAUGGAGAUUGGGAUUUGGUGCGGUGCAUUGUGGGCAUGAAUUCAAGGCUAAUGAGUAAACAGAGGUAA